GAAAUACGGCCGCAAAGUCGGCGCUCGGCGUCGGCGGUCAGUGCGGCAGACGGGCAGAGAAACUUUUCGGAAUUUUACCUAAUGGCACCGCAGCAACACUUAAUUCAACAACAAUGGCGACCUCCAUGUUACGUGUAGGAAACCGGCUAAUCCAACACAGUAUCACCAGACGGUAUUCCCAAGAAACACGUAGGCCGACAUUCAUUUCUAGGGUUAUCGACAAUGUUCGUCAAGAAAUGGCCAAGAAUAAAGAGAUGAAGGAAAACCUGAAAAAGUUUAGAGAAGAAGCUCAAAAACUUGAAAACACUGACGCUUUAAAAAAAGCUAGAGAAAAGUUCCAAGCUGUUGAAUCAGAAGCUUCCAAAGGCAGUGAUGUCUUGAAAGAGAAAGUAAACGUCUUGAAGGAGAAGGUCCAAGAAGCCCUUUCUGAUGCUCAAAAAACAGAGUUUGUGAAAAAAGCUGGUCAAAUAACAGAAGGUAUAGGCAAAACAGCUAAGGGAGCCAGUGACACCAUAGUUGAAACAGGACAGAAAAUCAGCAAAACAGCACCCUUCAAAACAAUUAGUGAAACUGCUGAUGCAGUCAGAAAAGAAAUUGAUUUAUCUGGAGCUCGCAUCUACAGGAGGCCUUCAGUACUGAGGAAACGCAAACAGGUUUCAUCAGAGGAAGAUGUGAAUGCAAAACCCAUAGAAAUUAACACUGAGGCAACAGGAAUUGAAUUGCAUAAAGAUUCAAAAUUCUAUCAAAGUUGGCAAAACUUUAAGGAUAAAAAUCCAUAUGUUAACAAAGUUCUUGAUUGGAAAAAUAAGUAUGAAGAGAGUGAUAAUGCAGUAAUUCGAGCUUCUCGCCUACUCACAGAAAAAGUUGUAGAUAUUAUGGGUGGACUAUUUCAAAAAACAGAAAUGAGUGAAGCUCUUACUGAAAUUUGUAAAAUGGAUCCUGAUUUCAGCAAAGAAGAAUUCUUGAAAAAGUGUGAAUAUGACAUCAUUCCCAAUGUCCUUGAAGCUAUGGCAAGAGGUGAUCUUGACAUUCUCAAAGACUGGUGUCAUGAAGGGCCAUUUAAUAUUCUAUCUACACCCAUCAAACAUGCCCUAUCCCUAGGUUAUGUCAUCGAUUGCAGGGUCUUGGACGUCGAUAACGUAGAUUUAGCCAUGGGUAAAGUCAUGGAGCAAGGUCCUAUAUUAGUGAUAACUUUUACUGCCCAGCAAAUCAUGUGCGUCCGGGAUAAAGCCAACAACAUUGUGGAAGGCGAUGCUGAAAAAGUCAUGCGAGUCAAUUAUGUUUGGGUUCUGUGCCGAGACCAAACUGAAUUGGAUGUGAAUGCCGCAUGGCGUCUGAUGGAUUUGUCAGCGAAUAGCAGUGAACAGUUCAUUUAAAAUGUUGUUAGAUCCAAGUUAAAAUACAUCGACUUUAAAAAUAAAUAGGCUAGUGAAAGUAACUGAAGUAAAACAAAUUUUCUGUUAUGCAUCUCGAAAUCCUGUGAAAAAGUUUCUACCCUGAUGUUAGAUUCCCACCUGACAUGAGGCUUAUGCCGUCUUCAGCUUUUCAAAUGUACAGUGACACAACAAAAGACAAAUGUCUGCAGUACGUUUAAGCUUCAUGUUUGCUGUCAAUCGUUCUUCGUCAGUUGUCCCACUCCCCACACCUCCAUACAGAACUCUUUCUCUAAAUGGAAAAAAUGUAUCUCAUUCUUCGCCAUUUGUUAUACAGCAUUGUGAUUAAUUUCUAUUUUUUACACAAACGGUUCUUUAACUUAA